UAUGAGAGCUCUCGCCUGGAAAACACACGUGUGGGAAGUCGAAACAUGGACAGUGUGAAUCAGUUUCACGCAGACUUCUGUAGGCAUCUUUUCAAGCGUGAGGAAGGGGAAAUAACAAGCAACAUUCCCCCUAAUUAUACAUUCCCGGACUUUCCAGAUUUCCAAAAGUAAUUCAGAGCAUUUCAUGGAUCUGACACUUUGGGAAAAGUCACGAAGUAGCCUAGUGUAGUUUGUUCUUUUUGAAUAACAGCGACUGAUAAACAGAGUGUCAACACGACAUCCACAAAGAAGAGAAACAGAUUAAUUGCCAAAGGAGUUGAAAUCUUGCUGUCGUUCUGAAGAUGGAGGGUGACCCUGUGUACGACUAUCCUGAAGCUCAGCCCGUAGGGGACAGACGGGCAUGUCCUCAAAGAGGAUCCCUGAGGAGCAUCAGUGUACUGGACCGGCUCUUGUUGACACACCCUGUGUGGCUUCAGCUCUCCAUUAACUCGGCUACAGCUCUACACAUCCUGCGGCGCGAGCCCCCCGGGACCUUCCUGGUGCGUAAGUCCAGUACAUCACAGAAAAAAAUGCUGUGCGUUCGGCUGGCAGACGACAGCAUGCCGUCCUUUCUCAAACAGGUUGUCAUUCGAGAAGAAGACUCAGCGUUCUCUUUGGAAAGCUCAGCUAUCAGUUUUCCAGACCUGUGCAGACUCAUUGCCUUCUACUGUGUUAGUCGGGAUGUUCUUCCUUUCACUCUGGAGCUGCCUGAAGCUAUUGCCAAGGCUUCUUCACACAAACAGCUGGAGUCUAUCUCUCAUAUGGGUGUGGAGUUCUGGAGUUCCCACUUAAAUGUUCGGGGUCCUCGCAAUGAACCUCCUGCCACUGAAAAACUCUUGCCCCCAUCUCCAAACCCACAAGACUGCUUAACACCCAUCAACCCAAACCCCACCCCAUUCCAGGAGCUUUGUCCAAUCCAAACACGGAGCCCCUGUGAGCUAGAUUACGGGGGAGGCAAAGGUUUAUGUUUUGUCAACCCUCUCUUCCUACAAGACUACCCAGGACGCAACGCCAUGCGAAGGCGUCAUCAUUUUAAAACCAGCUUCAAGGUUCGCGUCUCCACUGAAAAUUCCAGCCCCUUGUCGCCCCCUGUCAUCCCACCACCUCCACCGCCAUUGCUGGCUAAAGCCAAAUGCAAAGCCAGAUUGAAAGCAAAGCAGGUGACCCCACCUGCUGCAGUUCAGGCCGGUGAGGAAGCUAUCAAGAAUACUGUGGAGGAAGCCACGGACUACAUGCAACCUUGUGUAGCAUCACAGAAGAAAGCCAUGGUCACCUCUACGCUUUCUCCCACUGCUGAAGAAGAUGACUAUCAGAUGCCUAAAGCUCUUCAGAAGGCCCAGCCGAAAAUCCUGGAGCGGAAAAGACAGGAAGACGACGAGGAAGAGGAGGAAGGGCUUGUGCUGGAACAACGACAUGCUCCGUCUCUCAGCGAGCUGGACAGCAGCAGUUCACUCAGCAGCCUCGACGAGGUGGAGGAGAGUCCAGAGCGUCCUCCCCUCGUACGAGGCACUAGCAACCCCGUCAUGCCACCUCCAAGGAAGUCAAUGUCUGCUCUGCGCAAAAUGAGCGCUGCGUUCAUAUCCUUCUUUGCUCCAGAGAAGAGAGUGGCACGAAUGGUGGAGGACUUGUCUCGUGAUCGUCGCAUGGCAUUUGGCGCUCUGGUUCAGGACUUCCUGAGGAAGCAGAGAGAGGCGCUGAAGCCCCAUUGCUUGACCUCUGCUGUACAGCUACUGCAAGAUUUGCGUCUCUUCAUCAAUCAAGCCAAAGCUUUUCUUCUGGAGUGUGGAGAGCUUGAACCUCCAAUAGAAACUCUUUUGACUGAGAAUGAGAAAGACCAAGCGCUGGAAAAGGCCAUGUUCCGCUGUGUGCUGAAGCCUCUGAAGCCUCAGAUUGAUGCAGCUCUUCGAACUCUGCACAAACAAGAUGGAUCCUUCCAGAGAAUGAUGGACAGCUUGCAAAGAGCCAAAGGCGCCUCACCACAGAAGCUGUUUGGGGUUCAGGUGGGCGUUCCUGACGCCCAGGGCAUUGAGAAAAUUAAACACAAGCUGACUCUAAUGCAGCGGGCGUACUCGCCCAUUGACAAAGUGCUGCUGCUAUUGCAGAUCUGCAAACUCAUUUACAAAGCCAUGAAAAAUAAAUCAGGGCAGGAAUUUGGUGCAGAUGACUUCCUGCCUGCUCUCUCCUAUGUGAUGGUGCUGUGCAAUAUGCCAGAGAUCUCUCUGGAGGUGGAGUACAUGAUGGAGCUUUUGGAAAGCUCUUGGCUUACAGGAGAAGGGGGUUACUAUCUGACAAGUGUCUAUGCCAGUCUGAGUCUGAUUCAGAGUCAGCCAGAGGAUGUCCCACCAAACGGCCUGACAAACCAGGCCAGAGAGUCUCUGAAAGAAUGGAGCCGGCGUCGGAGCAACGAAACCACAGGUCAAAAAGACAACAAACUGCAUCAGAAGUUUAUAAAGGUGCUGUUUCAAGAUGGCGACAGCAGCCUGGUAAAAACUCUCAUGUGGAAGACUGCGCUCAACGGUGAGGCUAUGGCUCAGCUCUGUGCUGUGAAGUUUGGAGUGGACCAGCCGGAGAAUUACAGUCUGUACUGGAGGAAAGACGGCGUGUUAACGCCUCUCCCACCUGACGCCCAGAUUCAAGACCUGCAGAGCUUGGGUGUAAGUGGUGUUCCUCUUAUUUACCAAGCGUCCAGUCAGGAAGAAAAAUCCCAGAAGCUGAACAGAGGGAGUGCGGUGGAUCUAACAGAGGCGGCUUCAUAAUACGGGACUUUUUGCAUGGAACCUUUCCUUUACACAGUGGCUAUGUUCACUGUCUGUUUUUGGGAUUGACAACUGCAUUUACUUACAGGUGUGAGUCUUAAAAUGUGAUCGAAGCAGACGGAAAGUGUUGCGAACAUUUGGUCUAGUGACCAAAGUAAUAUCAAAGAUGGUGACGUCUAUGAAACUUAAAGUCUUAUCACUUUCAGACACAAAAAGAGUACAAUCGCGCCACAAGUUUUUCAGUCAAAUCUUCAUUAAAGGGACAGUUGACCCAAAAAUGAAAAUUCUGUCAUCAAUUACUCACCCUCAUGUUGUUCCAAACCCGUAAGACACUUAAGAUAUUUUUGAUGGAAUGCAAAAGCUUUCUGCAUAGACAGAAAAGCAAAUAAAAUGUUCCCAGACCCAAAAACGUAAGGACAACAGUAAAACAGUCCAUGUGACAUCAGUGGUUCAACAACAUUUUUACAAAGCAACAAAUACUCUUUGUGCACAACGAAAAAAAUAAUAACUACAUUUAACUAUUCUUCCUCCAAAUCACAUAUUUUGCCAUUAUCAAGAGUACCACAUUGUUUACAUGCAGAGGUAUUCUCGAUAAUGGAGGAUAAAGUUGAAUAAAGUUGUUCUUUUUGUUUUCUUUGCACACAAAAAGUAUUCUCAUAGCUUCAUAAAAUUACAGUUGAACCACUGAUGUCACAUGGACUGUUUUAACUAUGUCCAUACUUUUCUGGGCCUUAAAUGUGUCUUCAUUCUGUUCAAAAGUUUUUACCCCCUGGCUCUUAAUGCACUGUGUUUCCUUCUGGAGCAUCAGUGAGUGUUUGAACCUUCAGUAAUAGUUGCAUAUGAGUCCCUCAGUUGUCCUCAGUGUGAAAAGAUGGAUCUCAAAAUCAUACAGUCAUUAUUGGAAAGGCUUAAAAUACACAAAAAUGCUGAAAACCGAAGAAUCUGUGGGACCUGAAGGACUUUUCUGAAGAACAGCAGGCAGUUUAACUGUUCAGGACAAACAAGGGACUCAUGAACAAUUAUCACAAAAAAAAAAAAAAAAAAAAAAAAAACCACCUGUGGAUCAUUGAUGUAGCAACACAGUAUUAAGAAUCAAGUGUAUGUAAGCUUUUGAACAGGGUCAUUUUUAUAAAAUUCAAAUAUUUUCUCGUGGACUAUAAGUAAACGUCUUUUAUGUACUCUCGAUAAUGGGGGAAGAUGAUAUUUGGAGGAGAAGAAUUGUUAAAUGAAGUCGUUAUUUUUGUUUUCUUUGCACACAAAACGUAUUCUCAUAGCUUUAUAAAAUUUCAGUUAAACCACUGAUGUCACAUGGACUAUUUUAAUGAGGUUCUUACGGCCUUUCUGGGCUUUGAACGUGUCAGUUGUAUUGCUGUCUAAGCUCUCGGAUUUCAUCAAAAAUAUCUUAAUUUGUGUUCCAAAGAUGAGCAAAGAUCUUACGGGUUUGCAACGACAUGAGGGUUUGUAAUUAUGCACAAAAUGUUCAUUUUUGGGUGAACUAUCCCUAUAAAUGACAGCAGUUUUUAUAUCUGGGCAAGGAGCGAAACAUUUGAGUCGCAUGCAGAAUGUGAAAACAGUGGAGAAAAACAGGGUCUAGAAAUUUCAGAUGAGACAUCAUUUCUCCAUCAAUGUAAGUUACCAAAACCACACGCUGCUUUUGUGCAGCAGAGCGGCUGUUUAUCGAACUGUAUGACAACUAGUUGUCUAGUCCUGUUCCGUUCAAACAGUGCAUUAUCCGAGAAUGUGGUUGCGAGUUCUGUAAAUUUACACAUGUACAGAAUGCAGUUGUCACAUCUUGUAAAUAACCGUACUGUGUGUGUGUGUGAACGUAACUGUAUUAAAGACUCAAAUUCAGGACUGACAACUGUAUUCUGCUGCUGUGUGAAUGUGGCAUGUUCUUAAUACCAAAAACGUUCUUUAGUUACUUUUUUAAGGAACUGUUCACUGAAAAGUUCUUUGGGGAACCAAAAAUUCUUUUACGGUUAUGGCAUUGAUGCAAAAUCCCCCUUAUGGAACCUUUUUUUUUAAUUUUGUAAGAUCUACCUGUUUAGUGUCCAUUGCUGGUAGUUACUGAUUGGUGUUGUGUGAUAUUUCAUUGGGCUAAUUUAUUAAGCAUUUGCUUGUUAUAUCAUGUUUAAACUUCUUAUUGGUUGGUUAUUAAUGACUGGAUUCAUUACUCCAACUCUCAGUUCUCAGUUUUCUUUUUUAAAUUUGAGUAUGUAUGAAUAAUUAACCUAUUAUGGAAAUAUCUCAUUUAUGAGAUGGUCAGUAUUGAGAUAUUGGAUUUUGUCUUAUUGUUCAUCUUGUAUCAUGAUAUUUAUAUGAAAUGUGUUGCACAAAUGUUUUGGUAUUUUGAAAGUAAAAGACAAUAAAAUAC